UGGUACAGAAACGAGGUUUCUGGCUUCCUUUUUGAACUUCAAGUUCAAUUCCUUUUUGAACUUGAAUCAUGCACUUCUGGCAUUGACAGAGACCUGCAGGGGAAUAAACUCACUGGUCAAAUUCCGGAUGAAAUUGGGAAUUGUACUGCACUUAUUCAUCUGGAUUUGUCUCAUAAUCUGCUAUAUGGUGAUAUACCUUUCUCCAUAUCAAAACUGAAGCAGCUUGUGUUUCUGAAUUUAAAGAGUAAUCAGUUGACUGGUCCUAUCCCUUCAACUUUAACUCAAAUUCCUAACUUGAAGACUCUCGAUCUUACACGAAAUAGACUCACUGGUGAGAUUCCAAGGCUAUUCUAUUGGAAUGAAGUCCUGCAGUACCUUGGGUUGCGAGAAAACAUGUUGAAUGGAACUCUGUCGCCUGAUAUCUGUCAAUUAACUGGUUUGUGGUAUUUUGAUGUGAGAGGCAAUAAUUUGACUGGCACCAUACCUGACAGCAUUGGAAACUGCACAAAUUUUGACGUCCUGAAUCUGUCAUAUAACCAGAUUUCUGGGGAGAUUCCCUAUAAUAUCGGAUUUCUUCGACUAUCUACUUUGUCACUUCGAGGAAAUAGACUAACUGGUAAGAUUCCGGAAGUCAUUGGUUUAAUGCAAGCCCUUGGCAAUUUAAAAGAGUUAUUACUGGAAACGUUUGGUAGUGUGAAAGUGCGGUCUGAGAAAGUUCUGGCUAGGAAAGACUUGUCUACCUGUACUGUACCAGUAGACAAUACUAUUCAUAGUGAGAAGUGCAUAAGCCGGUUCAAGAGUGAAACCAUGACAGCAAAAUUUGAGAUAGAAAAGUUCAACGGAAAUAAUUUUUCCUUGUGGAAACUGAAGAUAAGGGCAAUUUUGAGAAAAGACAACUGUCUGGAUGCAAUUGAAGACAGACGUGCAGAAAUUUCUGAUGAAAAAUGGAAAGAGAUGGAUGACAACGCGGUUGCCAAUUUGCACCUAGCAAUGGCAGAUUCAGUUCUGUCUAGUAUAGCAGAGAAGAAGACUGCAAAGGAGAUUUGGGAUACUCUCAUUAAACUGUACGAGGUCAAGUCACUUCACACUAGAAUUUUCUUAAAAAGAAAACUCUAUACUCUUCGAAUGAGUGAGUUCACGCCAGUGACGGAACACAUCAACAAUCUGAAUACAUUAUUUGCUCAGCUCACCGCGUCAGAUUUCAACAUAGUAGAAAAUGAACGUGCAGAGCUACUACUUCAGAGUUUACCAGAUUCAUAUGAUCAACUCAUCAUCAACAUUACAAAUAACAACAUUGUUGGUCGUUUAUCCUUUGAAGAUGUUGCUGGAGCUAUUCUUGAAGAAGAAUCCAGGCGAAAGAAUAAGGAAGACAGGACAGAAAGUUCGAAGCAAGUAGAAGCUUUAACGAUGAUGAGAGGAAGAUCAACGGAACGUGGCUCCAGUGGGAGUCAAAAUCAUGGUAGAUCAAAGUCUCGAGGAAGAAAGAAUUUUAAAUGCUACAAUUGUGGCAUGAGGGGGCAUCUGAAAAAAGAUUGUUGGCACAAGAAGAGUGGAGGAAAGAACUUCGAAGCAUCAAGCUCUCAAGGCUGUGUUGCAAAAACUUCUGAAGAUGGAGAAAUCCUGUAUAGUGAAGCAGAAGGUAGUUCUAAAGGCAGAAGACAACUUUCUGAUGCCUGGAUAGUAGACUCAGGCGCGACAUGGCAUAUGACUUCACACCGAGAUUGGUUUCACACUUAUGAACCUGUCUCAGGAGGAUCUGUGUUCAUGGGGAAUGAUCAUGCCUUAGAAAUUGGAGGGAUUGGUACCGUCAAAAUCAAAAUGUAUGAUGGUACAAUACGCACUCUUCAAGGAGUUCGACAUGUGAAGGGAUUGAAGAAGAACCUCUUGUCUGUUGGACAAUUGGAUGACCUUGGCUAUACAUGUUGUUGGGAGAUACGUUGCAAGAUCGCAGUACCUCCAGAACUUGGCAAUUUGUCAAGACUAAACUACCUGCAAUUGAAUGACAAUAAACUAGUUGGCCAAAUUCCGGAUGAACUUGUGAAGCUCGAACACUUGUUUCAAUUGAAUCUUGCCAAUAAUCAUCUUGAAGGAUCUAUUCCACUUAACAUUAGCUCCUGUACGGCCUUGAAUAAUUUUAAUGUGUAUGGAAAUCAUUUAAGUGGUUCCAUUCCUUUGAGCUUUAGCAGCCUCCAGAGCUUGACUUACUUAAACCUUUCUGCAAACAAUUUCAAAGGGAGUAUACCUGUUGAAUUAGGCCACAUAAUAAAUCUCGAUACGUUAGAUCUAUCUAGCAAUAAUUUUUCAGGACAUGUUCCAGGGUCUGUUGGUUAUCUUGAGCAUCUUCUAACUUUGAACUUAAGCCAUAAUAGUCUUCAGGGUCCCUUGCCUGCUGAAUUUGGGAACCUUAAAAGCAUACAAAUUAUCGAUAUCUCAUUCAACCAUCUGUUGGGUAGUAUACCUCCAGAAAUUGGUCAGCUGCAGAAUCUUGUAUCUCUGAUUUUAAACAACAAUGAUUUGCGUGGGAAGAUUCCAGACCAGCUUACAAAUUGCUUAAGUCUUAACUUCCUGAAUGUCUCAUAUAAUAACUUAUCCGGGGUCAUUCCUCUAAUGAAGAACUUCUCCCAGUUUUCAGCUGACAGCUUCAUUGGAAAUCCAUUGUUAUGCGGAAAUCGGUUAGGAUCCACAUGUGAUCCUUACAUACCAAAAUCCAGAGUGGUUUUCUCAAGGGCUGCAGUUCUUUGUCUAGUUGGUACCAUCAUAUUAUUGGUGCUGGUAACUGUUGCUCUCUACAUAUCAAGCCAAUUCAUGAAAUUGAUUAAAGGAUCAAGGGGAACUGAACAAGGGCCAUCCAUACUUGUAAUUCUUCAUAUGAGCUUGGCCAGCCACACCAUUGAUGAUAUCAUGAGAGUUACUGAGAAUCUCAGUGAGAAGUAUAUUGUAGGAUAUGGUGCCUCAGGUACCGUGUACAAGUGUGUUUUGCAGAAUUCCCGGCCAAUUGCAAUUAAACGAUUAUACAACCAGCAUCAACACAACUCAAGGGAGUUUGAGACAGAACUUGAAACUAUUGGCAGCAUCAGACACAGGAAUCUUGUCACUCUGUAUGGUUAUGCUCUAACUCCUAAUGGAAAUCUUCUCUUCUAUGACUAUAUGGAGAAUGGCUCUCUAUGGGAUCUUCUACAUGGUCCCUUGGAAACGGUAGAACUUGAUUGGAAAGCACGCUUGAAGAUUGCUGUGGGAGCUUCUGAAGGACUUGCUUACCUCCAUCAUGACUGCAAUCCAAAAAUAAUUCAUAGGGAUAUUAAGUCCUCCAAUAUCCUGAUAGACGAGAAUUUUGAAGCUCGUCUCUCUGAUUUUGGCAUUGCCAAAUGUAUGUCAAAUUCAAGAACACAAUUAACAUCUGUGGUUGGAACAAUAGGAUAUAUAGACCCUGAGUAUGCCAGAAGUUGUAGGUUGAAUGAAAAAUCUGACGUGUAUAGCUUUGGUAUUAUUCUACUUGAGCUACUGACAGGAAAGAAAGCAGUGGAUAAUGAUUCCAACUUACAUCACUUGAUAUUAUCUAAGGCAGAUAACAAUACUAUAAUGGAGACUGUGGAUCCUGAGGUGUCUAUUACCUGCAUGGAUCUGACCCAUGUUAAGAAGACCUUUCAGCUUGCACUUCUUUGCACAAAAGGAAACCCUUCUGAGAGGCCAACUAUGCGUGAGGUUGCCAGGGUUUUGGCAUCACUACUCCCAGCAUCUCCCAGCAACAUCUUUGCUCCUCCUUCAAUGCACAGUAUAUAAAGAGAUAUAACAUUUUAUUAUACAUAUUUUGAAUAUUUUAUUUAAUCUUAUCAUUAUAAUUUUGAAUUAUUAUGACGAUCUAAUUUUUAUCUAUAAUGUUACAUUUUUCAUGUUUUACUUUCUUAAUAGUUAUAAUUCCAAAUCAUUU